CGCAGACGCAAGAUUGUCGUAUUCUAUCGACUUGUUAAGGUCACCCCCCUCGUAUCGUUGACCUAAUUUUCACCAACAGCUGGGGAAAGCAUGGCGGAAAUAAAGGUUCCAGUUAUAUUUGUCAUUGGAAUAAUGAAUCGAUAAAAAAAGGAAAAAGAAAAGAAAGAAAAUACAAUGCUUAGAAAAAUAAGAAAAUUAAUGCUUUUUGGCAGAAAAUCUGUCAUUCAACUUUCAGGUGGGCCAGGUUCAGGAAAAGGUACACAGUGUGAAAGGAUUGUUCAGAAGUAUGGUUUCACUCAUUUGUCUACAGGCGAUCUUCUGCGAGACGAAGUCAAUUCUGGUUCGUUACGAGGAGAAAGGCUAACUGAUAUCAUGAAAAAGGGACAGCUUGUACCCAACGAAGAAGUAUUAGCUUUGUUGAAAGAAGCCAUGUUGAAAAAUUUAGCAAAUUCAAAUGGCUUCCUUAUAGAUGGUUACCCUAGAGAGGUGGGACAAGCAGUAGACUUCGAGAAACAAGUAUCAAAGUGUUCUUUCCUUCUCUUCUUCGAUGUCCCCGACGAGGUCAUGAAAGAGCGUCUUCUGCACAGAGGUAAGACGAGUGGAAGAGCUGACGAUAACGAAGAGACAAUCGCCAAGAGAAUUCUCACCUUUCAUAAUCACACGCAGCCCAUUCUAGACCAUUAUGGAGAUAAAGUAAAGAAGAUACCAGCCACAGGUACGGUGGAUGAAAUAUUCGCUGAAGUAACCAAAGUAAUCGACAACUUCAAAUGCUAGUCAUUUACUUCCUUUCAAACGAGCCCUGCCGUCAUCCCAAGCAAAGUAAAGAGGAUAAACGCCACCACUUCACGAAAUUUUUCUCCCAAAAUGGUGCUGCACGUUUCAAGCUCAACGCUUCUUGAAAUUGGUUUGAAAUAUAUCUAGAAAAAUAUAUUUAAAUUGAAUUGAUAAAAAAUACAGUGAAUUUAGUAUAUGUUUGUUUUAUAACCAGACCUUUAAUUAGAUUUAAAGGAUGUAUUUUUGUGGCACAUUUUUACUAAGAAUGCUCAAUAAUGUUCUUCCUCAUGGGCUAGUAAUUACUAUGCCAUGGAUUUUAAGAACGCAGAUUUUCUUCACGUACAUGAAAAUGUGAGUUCAUUUUACACUUAUUUGAAGCUUUUGAAACAAAGUAUGUCGCAGAGUAAUUUUGAAGUAUUGUUUACAAGUUUUUUUCAGUCAUUUUUUUAAAUUUAAAUUAUAAUUUAUGUUUUGAGCACGAAAAUAGUUUUAGCUCUGGAGCUCAUUCCAGAGGUGUUAAGUAGUUUGUUUUUUGAGGAAUCUUUUUGAAAAGUAAUUGUACUGUAAAAAUUUUGAAAAGUACUAUAAAAAUUACAUUUUCUUACACAUGUUAAAAAAUAAGCAAUUGUUCUACUGUUAAUAAAAUUAGUUCUUUUAUUGUUGAA